AUGAAGACCUCAACCUCCAUCCUGGCCUUGGCCACCCUCGCCUCUGCCCUUCCCUCCCAAUCUGUGAACAAGAGGGCCUGCACCUCCGCGGUCAAGCUCAGCGGCAGCGAGAACGUCUUCAAGUCCUACACCCUCCACGCCAACUCCUUUUACAAGGCUGAGGUUGCAGAGGCCGUCAAGAACUUGAGCGACAAGAGCCUUGCCACCGCCGCCGCCAAGGUCGGCAAUGUCGGGUCAUUCCUCUGGCUCGACACCAUUGCCAACAUCGAGAAGCUGAAGACUGAGCUUGCCACUGAUAUUCCCUGCAAGAACAUCCUGGGUCUUGUCAUCUACGAUCUUCCCGGACGUGACUGUGCUGCUAAGGCUUCUAACGGUGAGCUCGCGGUCGGCGAGAUCAACAAAUAUAAGACCCAGUACAUCGAUGUCAUCGCCGGCAUCCUCAAGGCCCACCCCAACCAGGCCUUCGCCUUGAUCAUCGAGCCCGACUCCCUGCCCAACCUCGUCACCAACAUCGACGAGACCGCGUGCCAGCAGUCUAAGUCUGGCUACGAGGAGGGCGUCGCGUACGCGCUCAAGACCCUUAAUCUCCCCAACGUCGUCAUGUACGUCGACGCUGGCCACGGAGGCUGGCUCGGCUGGAACGACAACCUCAAGCCCGGUGCCGAGGGGCUUGCGAAGGUGUACAAGGCUGCGGGUUCGCCCAGCCAGGUCCGUGGUAUUUCCACCAACAUUGCCGGCUGGAACGCCUUCGACUUGACCCCCGGUGAGUUCUCCAAGGCCACCGACGCCCAGUGGAACAAGGCCCAGAACGAGAAGCUCUACACCGAGCUCUUCGGUGCCGCCCUCAAGACCGCAGGCCACCCCAACCACGCCAUCGUCGACACUGGCCGCAACGCCGUCACCGGCCUCCGCAAGGAAUGGGGUCACUGGUGCAACGUCAAGGGCGCAGGUUUCGGUGUGCGCCCCACAUCCAGCACUGGCGCGGAGCUCGUCGACGCUUUCGUCUGGGGCAAGCCCGGCGGUGAGUCCGACGGCACGAGCGACACUUCUGCUACGCGAUACGACUCUUUCUGCGGUAACGAUGAUGCGUUCAAGCCCAGCCCUGAGGCAGGCCAGUGGAACCAGGCGUACUUUGAACAGCUGCUCAAGAACGCGAAGCCGGCCUUCUAG